CGCGGCCCGCUCGGUUCGGUUCUCGAUCGAUCGUAGUACUGUUUGUGUUUGGGGCGUUUGGCUCCCGGGUGAGUCCCGGUUUUCCCUUCGAACCCUCCUCGUGUGUGAACCGGUUUACCGUGUGUGUGUGUGUAUAUGUUUUUCGUUCGCUUCUGUGUUGCCGGGUUGGUGCUUUCGACUUCUUGCGGCGGCUCGCACAUCCCGGGAGCUGCAUCAGUCCUAGAAAAGCGAAAGAAGAGCAACAACAAAAAAACGAGUCGCUCUCGUUCGACACCAGAUUGUGUCCCGUGCUGCGGAAAACGUGUGUUGUAAGGCUGGGUGGCGAUUUCCGCGAUUCGGUGUGGUCCACUUCCCGAUCGAUUCCGUGUUCCGAUGAACCUCCCUCCUGGAGUGCAGACGGUUCCUUGCGAAGAAGAAUGAAAAUACGACGCAAUCGGUGGCCGGCAAACAGAAGAAGAUGCUCUCAUGGCAUUUCCCAACAACCUGCGCUGUAGGAUUGCUGAUUUGGUUCGGAUGCUUUUCCACGCUCGUACACGCAAACAUCAUACAUAAUGUCCUGGGUCUCCCAGAUACUUGCGUCUACCAGAACCAGGUACGAGCAUGCCGGCUUUCGUUUUCAUGCUGGCUGGAAGGUGGACGACACGUUUCCGGAUGUGGUGAUAAUCGGUGGCUUAUGUCCUGCUGCGUCUACGAGAACGAACAAUCGAACGCCAUCAUUGCGCCGAAGUUGGCGUAUGCCGGACCAAUGGUACCAGUACCAAUCAUCCAGCCCAUUGUGCCGGUUAGUCGAUCGAACAUGAUUGUACCGGCGCAAGGCUUCAGCAAGCAGAAGAGCUUCUUUCACCGUCGUUCCGAUCAACUGAUGCAGAACGAAUGUGGGAUUCCUCAAACAUCACAGAACACCCUGCAGAAGCGCAUCAUCGGCGGACGAACGGCCAACUUUGCGGAGUAUCCGUGGCAAGCGCACAUCCGCAUAGCAGAGUAUCAGUGCGGUGGAGUGCUCGUAUCUCGCCGGUUCGUCGCAACAGCUGCCCACUGCAUACAACAGGCACGCUUGAAAGACAUCCUAAUUUAUCUCGGUGAGCUGGACACACAAAAUUCGGGAAAAAUCGUUGAACCCCUACCGGCCGAAAAGCAUCGUGUGGAGCUGAAAAUCGUUCAUCCGAAAUUCAUCUUCCGUAUGACGCAACCGGAUCGAUACGAUUUGGCGCUGCUGAAGCUAACGCGUCCGGCCGGAUACAAAUCGCACAUACUGCCCAUCUGCUUACCGAUGCGCCCGAUGGAGCUGGUCGGUCGAAAGGGCAUCAUUGCUGGAUGGGGAAAAACUAACGCUAACAUGGGCCAAACAGGAACAAACAUCUUACGGACGGCGGCCGUUCCUAUCAUUAGUACAAAAGAAUGUCUUCGAUGGCACAACAGCAAGAAGAUCAACGUGGAGCUAUUCAACGAGAUGUUCUGCGCCGGUCACUCUGAUGGUCAUCAAGACGCUUGCCUGGGAGAUUCGGGUGGACCGCUGAUCAUCAACGAUCGGGGACGGUACACGCUGAUCGGUAUUACCAGUGCCGGGUUCGGGUGCGGGGUCGACCAUCAGCCAGGCAUCUACCACAAUGUGCAGAAAACAAUCAAGUGGAUACAGAGCGUAAUCUAUGCAAGCGGUGUUUUCUGCAGCUGUUCGACGACUCUCGGAACGGAAAGCUUGACGUGUGCGGGUGUCGUGGCCCCGGGACUCGCUAUGCGUUUCCGAUUUCCGCUGCGGCGUGUGCAUCUAGGUUGGAUCCUGUUGCUGCUGUCCGGCGUGUUUGCUGCUGCUGCUGUCACCGCAUCGGAACUAUCGAUUGCACGCAAUGGCCGUCCGGAACGUCCGAACGCCAGCGCAAACGAGCGCUUCAACGAAGUACUGGACCGAGAAAAUUUGCGUACACUCAUCAACCGGCAGCUACCGAAGCAGGGCCGAUUCUUCGAAGAGUUCGACGGAAUGAUUCCACAAACAUGCCGUCACAAAGGACGUAAAUUCGAGUGCGGCUUAUCGCUAUCCUGCGUACUCGGGGGCGGCAAACCACUAGAUCUUUGCUCCGGUGGGAUGAUCUGGUCCUGCUGCAUCGAUCGCGACUUUGCACCGGAAAGUGAUCCCGAGCACGGUGCCGUCCACAAUGCCAGUGACAUUAUAAACCUGUUCGGUUUUUAUCCACCCGCUUCAUCGUCAUCGUCGUCAUCGUCGUCCUCCUCCUCUUCCUCCUCGUCAUCAUCCUCAACAGUGUCGGGCUCACCGGCAUCACACCAGAACCGUCCACAGACAACACAAACGACGUCACUGUUUUCUAGCGGAGGCUUCAACGCUCCACCCCACUACCAUGGCCACCAUCAGGUGAACCCACACCAACAUCUACCAUCACCGCACCAACAACACCACGCCACCGGUGCACCUCCUCCACCGGAGUGGGGCUUCGACGGCAAUCAGCUUGGAAGCGGUUCGUCAUCGUUUUCCCCAGCGAAGCCACCACUGCACGGAGGACACUCGGUGCGACCACAACCACCACCAUCACACUUCGGGGGGAUCGAUGACAGCGAUCACGAUCGUCCGUUCAGCUUUGGCAAUCGUCCGACGGCGGGACUGUUCGGCGGUGUUAGUCCCAGCGGUUCCGGUUCCGGUGGGCAGAUACGGCCACCGUCGGCGGUGUUUGGAUAUCCUGCACAGGAAGACGAUGGAUACGGCAUCGAGAACGGUUGUGGUGAGCUGUACACUCGCACUAACCGUAUCGUCGGUGGUCACUCGAGUGGCUUCGGAACGCAUCCUUGGCAGGCGGCCCUUAUCAAGUCGGGAUUUCUUACGAAGAAGCUAAGCUGCGGUGGUGCAUUGGUGUCUAAUCGCUGGGUCGUCACAGCUGCUCAUUGCGUCGCCACGACACCGAACAGCAACCUCAAGGUCCGACUUGGAGAGUGGGAUGUUCGAGAUCAGGAAGAACGAUUAACACAUGAAGAGUACUCGAUCGAACGGAAGGAAGUACAUCCUAACUAUUCCCCGAGUGAUUUUCGCAAUGAUAUAGCCUUGGUUAAACUUGAUCGUAAGGUCGUGUUCCGGCAACACAUCCUACCAGUCUGCUUACCACCCAAGAGUGUGAAGCUGGUGGGCAAAAUGGCAACCGUUGCUGGUUGGGGUCGAACACGGCACGGACAGAGCACAGUUCCCUCGGUGUUACAGGAAGUGGACGUUGAGGUGAUACCCAACGAGCGAUGUCAGCGAUGGUUCCGGGCGGCCGGACGUCGUGAAACCAUUCACGAUGUGUUCCUGUGCGCCGGUUACAAGGAGGGAGGCCGUGACAGCUGCCAGGGAGACUCCGGCGGCCCGCUUACGCUUUCGAUCGAGGGACGCAAAACGCUUAUUGGCCUAGUGUCAUGGGGUAUCGGAUGCGGUCGAGAACAUCUGCCCGGAGUGUACACCAACAUUCAAAAGUUUGUGCCCUGGAUCGAAAAGGUGAUGGGCAAGGAAUAUUAAGGAUAUCAUACGUUCGCCAACAACAACGAAGACUCCACUAUUCAGACAUGACAACUCAACCACGAUACGGGAACGCUCAAAAAUGGCGCAGCAAAUGCAUUACAUACCGGUUAGAAUUUAAGCUGAUAUUAAUUGUAAGCUGGUAGGACGGUAAGCAGAACGCAAUGCGGAUAGUAAUUUAUUGAUAAAUUAUUUCAACACGUUUGUACAUGAUGCCGCGCAUUGAGAAGUAAUGUCGUCUUUUUUUUCAAAUAAAAAUUGAUAACUUUAGUCAAAUAAAGUAGAAACCAGAGUGGAGUUUAAA